AUGGAAUAUGAGGAAUUGAAACAAUACCUCAUCAUCGCUGGCACUAUUCUAUUUCUGUUUACUGUAUUUAUUAUAAUUUAUUGUAUUUUCAAGAAAACGAGAACAUUCUCUAUUGUAUUCCCCGUGUCAAAACCGAACAAUGGUAAAUCUACGUUGCCAGGUAUCGAUGAUAAUGCAAUGGGUGAUGGAAGUAUAUAUAUAGAAUUGAAAAAGAAAACUAUUGGAAAUUUAAACGUUGUCACCUUGGAGAAUGAAAGUGGACUCAUCUGA